AACUCUCGUUCAGAUCCAUGAAUUAGUUUAAAAUAUAUACUUAUCAGGAGCGGUUGUACCAACAGAGUCUAAGCACUUAAUACAUAAAAAGCUCUCUUCGUAUACUAUACGCACUACAACAAAAUACAUGUUUAAAACCCGACGAAUAGCUGAUAACACUCGAAGCAACUAGAAGCUUAACUUGUUACAACAAGAAUCAGCAAGAUUUUCAAUACGAUCCGAGCAUUUACCGAACAAUUUUCGUGAUAGACCCACCUUGAACUGGAAAUGUUUUUCAGCGUUCUUCCCAGUUUCCUUUUGGUGUUCUGUUGUGUGGCACCUGCAUAUUCCGUAUCGAGCACAUGGGGAAACAUUUCGAAUUCGGCGCAAUUAUUACAUGCCGAAAACGUUGUGUACGGCUCUUCACCCGGAAAAUAUGUGGAUCAUGAAAUUAAAUAUCCAACCAAUGGUAUUGGUAAUGGGCGCAUCAUUACGGGCAUACGAGCUUUCGACCAGGUGACAAACAACACAGGAGGUCAUGCUACGAUUUAUUCUGGAGGCCCUGGUUUUAACUUUGUCAACAUCAAACUACAAUCACAGUAUAAUUAUGGCUUAAUAUUUCGUGUUGAAAUUUAUGGAAAAUAAAUAACUAAAC